AUGAUCUCUGCACAAGAGCAGUCAGCAGAACCAUGUGAUGAAAACCAAAAUGAGGUUUGCUGUUCUGGCGUUGUGGAUCCUAUUGACCCAUCAAUCCAGCAAGAGCUUACCAAUGCCAACGUUUCUCCCUCAUCACUUAGUGGGCUGGUCGGCACUAACUGUGUUGAUAGUGGCGGUAAUAGCAACUGCCCUGCCUCUAGUACACUUUCUGCUGUGAUAUUCGGACACCCCCAACUCUGGUCAACGAUGGGUAUUACGCUGGUUGUGCACCUCAAACAUCUUAAUAAACUCAAGAAGACUUGGACCUCGCUGUUAGAUAAUUAG